AUGUCUCAGUCUCAACAGAUCAAUCGACCCGCUUCGUCUACAGACGUCGCACCUACUCCUCAGAACACUCCCCUCGACACGACAGUCCUGUCCAACAGACCUGCCAAUCUUGGUAGACCUCAAGUUGAGGAUAUCGGGGAGAAUGAGGAGGAAGACGGCGCGGAAGAGGACGUCAGUGGAGUGAACCCUGCCAGUCUUCUCGCCAAGAAUCCCGCCCUUCUCGCUCUCGCGCAAGCCAAGUUUGACGAGCUCAUUGGCCGAUCAUCGGGCUACAUCGAAUCCCUCCCUGCCAGUGUCAGGCGCAGGAUCGAUGGAUUGAAGGGUGUUCAAGUUGAGCACUCUAAGAUUGAGAGCGAAUUUCAAUUGGCCAUCUUGGAUCUUGAAAAGAAGUUCCUCGAGAAGUACACUCCCCUCUACGACCGACGAUUAGCCAUCAUCACCGGUAAAGUUGAGCCCACAGACGAAGAGGUCGAGGCCGGCAAAAAGUCAGACGAGGACAGCGAGGACGAAGAUGAAGAGGAAGAAGGAGCCAAGAUUGAGAACCUCGAUGAAGAUGGCAAGAAGGCAGAAGGCGAUGAGAACGUUCAGGGAGUUCCAGAAUUCUGGUUGACAGCAUUGAAGAACCACGUCCCGAUCUCUGAGACCAUCACCGACAGAGAUGAGGAGGUACUCAAAGUUCUCCUCGACGUCCGGCUAUCAUACUUGUCUGACGAAAAAAGCAACGGCCAACCCGGAUUUAAGAUCCACUUCACUUUCGGUCCCAAUGACUUCUUCAGCGACACUGAGCUCACGAAGACUUAUUACUACCAGGAGAAAGUCGGAUACGGCGGAGACUUUGUCUACGACAAAGCUAUCGGAUACGAUAUCAAGUGGAAGGAAGACAAGGAUCUCACCAAAAAGGUCGAGAUCAAGAAGCAGAGGAACAAGAGCACCGGCCGCACCCGUGUCGUCCGCAAAGUCGUGCCAACUGAUUCCUUCUUCAACUUUUUCAAACCUCCCCAACCACCUACACCUGAGACUCUCGAAUCAGAAGAUGUUGACGAGGAUGAGCUGGAAGAGCUGGACGCGAGACUCGAGACAGAUUACCAGCUCGGAGAAGAGUUCAAGGAGAAGAUCAUUCCGCGCGCCAUUGAUUACUUCACGGGCAAGGCUCUGAGGUACGAGGAGGACUACGAGGACGAGGAUCUGGAAGAGUUUGACGAGGACGAUGAGGACGACGAUGAG